AUGGCGGCUCAGAAGCCGCUCAGCACCACUGCGGCAGAGCGCAUGAACCUUGUGGCCCAGGAUGAGAUCUGGAGAUACCGUCUGAAGGCUGAAUAUAAAGCCCAGGAAGAAUGGCCGAUGAAGUGGGGAUAUUUAAUGACAUCUAUGGAGAAGCUGCUGGAAGGUGAAGAAGAACCACGUACCCCAAAGCCCAAGAUCGAGCUGCCCAGCCACUUCCGUGUCCGGCCAGUGAGCCCCAUGGACAAAUACAUCAAGAUCCUUCCAUCACCUCCAAUCCCAAAGACCACCCAGAGCUUCAUUGGAUGGCGAUCUGGGGUGCCAGGCCUGAACAAGUGCUUGGAGCAUGACACAGAGAUCCGCAGCUGCAAAGGGGCUUACGCCCGAGAGCUACACUGGCCAGAGCAAGGCAUACACUGA